AUGACGUCCCCGCCGUCUCUAUCCAGGAAAGAAGCAGAAUCCCAAGUCCGCUCGUGGGGAUUCUCCCAUGUGUUUACGUGGACUGAUGGGGGUGGUGCUCACUACGCCCCGCACAAACACUCGUCCCUAACUACGCACUUGAUCCUCUCUGGGUCUCUGACCAUCGCUUACCCGGGCUCAGAAGACAAAAAGGAAAAGACGACGCAUGGGCCUGGGGAGAGAUUGGAUGUUGAUGCUGGGCAGGUACAUGAGGUUUGGAUUGGGAAAGAGGGUUGUACGUAUGUGAUUGGGGAGUGAUUGAUUAUAAUUGAUUGGGGAGUGGAAGAAGGGUGGUGAGUGGUGAGUGAGUGGAUGGAUUGUUUGAUGAGUGAUAGAGUGAAGGGGAAGAUAGUACAAGUAGUGGUUAUUGAAAGAGGUAUAUGCCAUUGAA